GUCCUGCUUAGUUGUAGUUACUUUACCUCACAACCAACAUUAAACUAACAAAACACAACAUAACAAACAUCAAACGCACACUUUUUUUCGCUUCACGCUGUCAUUAAUUGCAACCGAAUCGUUGUAGAUUCGAAAUCUCGAACGUUUUUUUUAAAGUAAUUAUUUGUAUUAUCAACAUCACCUCUUCUGCUGCUGCUGCUGUUAUUGUUCCGAGGCGAUUGAAUAGGGAAAAAAAAGAGGCGCUCGCCACUAGACUUCGUCUCCGUCUCUGUCCCCCUGGUCGUGGUGCGGCGCGAGGGGCAUCGCCACCGCCGAGCCGAGCCGAGCCAUGGCCGCCGAGACCCUGGAGGCCCGGCCCGCGGGCAGACUCGCCCCGGGAGCGGAGUUUGUGGAUGCCUAUGACUACGACGACGUGGAUGACUCGGAGGACUUUGGCGAGGAGAUGAACGGGAACUGGUCGCCGCAGGAGAAGGCUCUGCACGAGGCGAGGAUCCGCGCGCGUGAGAAGCGCCGCCUUCGCAAGAGCUCGUCGCGCGACUCGGGACGCGAGUCGCUGUCCGAGGAGUCGCGGGGGGGCGACGGAGUGCGCGGGCCCGGUGGGGCCGGCACGCUCUCGGUGAGCCCCACCAGUCCCCGUGGCAAGGCUCCGCCGCUGCUCGACCGGCGCUCGCGCUCCAACAAGGGCCGAGGCCUACCCAAGAAAGGUGGGGCUGGAGGCAAAGGUGUCUGGGGCGUUCCCGGGCAAAUUUACGACGACAUCAACGUUGAUGCCCGGGACCCGAACUACGACGACGCGCAGGAGAACUGCGUGUACGAGACGGUGGUCCCGGAGCUGGAGGACGGCAACUUUGAGAAGACGGUGACCCCCAUUGUGCAGGAGUACUUUGAGCACGGAGACACCAACGAGGUCAUGGUGCUGCUCAGCGACCUGAACCUGGGCUCGCGCAAGCCGCAGCUGCCGGUGCUGGCUGUGUCGCUGUCGCUGGAGGGCCGCGCCAGCCACCGCGAGUUCACGUCACGCCUGCUUGCCGAGCUGGCAGGGCGCGAGCUGAGCCCCGUCGAGAUGAAUCGCGCCUUCAACCGGCUCCUCAAAGAGCUCCCUGAGCUCAUGCUCGACACACCCGAUGCCCCGCAGAUGGUCGGGCAGUUCGUGGCACGAGCAGUGGCCGACGAGGUCCUUCCUCCAAAUUUCCUGGAGAGCCACAAGGGCAAGGUGGACUGCCCACACGCCAGGGCGGCGCUGGAGCGGGCUGCGGUGCUGCUGAGCAUCAAGCGCGGCAUCAUGAGGCUCGACAAUGUGUGGGGGGUGGGCGGGGGACAGCGACCCGUCAAGCACCUCGUUAAAGAGAUGACGCUGCUCCUGAAGGAGUACCUGCUGUCUGGCGACGUGAAGGAGGCCGAGCGCUGCCUGCGUGAACUGGAGGUCCCGCACUUCCACCACGAGCUCGUGUUCGAGGCGGUGGUGAUGGUGCUGGAGUCGAAUGGCGAGGCCGUGUCCUCCAUGAUGGUCAACCUGCUCAAGGUGUUCUGGGGGACCGGGGUCCUCACCCUGGACCAGAUGAACCGAGGCUUUGAGCGCGUGUUUGGCGAGCUGCCCGACAUCAGUCUGGACGUGCCACGUGCGUACGCGCUGCUCGAGAGGUUCGUGGAGAGCUGCUUCCAGGCCGGCGUCGUCACCAAACUACUGCGCGACCGCUGCCCCAUCAGGGGCCGCAAGCGCUUUGUGAGCGAGGGAGACGGCGGGAGAGUGAAGCAGGAAGCCUUCUAGAGUACGGACUCCGAGCGGAUCAUCGGCACAGCCUCCUCCCCCCUCCCCUCCCUCGACCUACCCCCCACAACCUCCCCUCCCCCCCCCUGCCGCAUCACCGGACCACACCGCCCGGGACUGCCCAGUUUCCAGUGCUCACUCAGCGACUCCCUAGAAACUGCUAAAUAUCUAAAUAUGAGUCCUCGUCACGUCGAAUUUACCGCACGUGUUCAUUUCUCCCCGUUGCCCCUUGGUUGAGCCGUGGGCAGUUGUGAUUGUCGGCCAGGUGGCCCGGGUGGCUCGAGGGUCGGGCUGCCGACAUGGCACCGUCGCUGGGUUUCUCACUCGGGAUCUAAGGCAGCCGAGCUGCCUUGCGAUGAGGCGUAGCGAGUUUACGGUCUCAGCCCGGUCACUGUUUACCCCACACACAAAAAACACUAUUACAUGAAACUCGGUACUUAAACUUAAUUGGGAUAAAUUCCAGCUCUUGAGAAUUACAAUAUUUGACAUUGCUGUAUUUCCUAGGUUACGUCGUCCAACUGAAAAGGGAAAAUGAGAGGUGGAAACCCGUGGCAACGUCACCACGGGCGCCACGGCCAACAAACGUGCACAGGCGGCAAAUUCCGAGUGAGAGUUGGGUCCGCUAAGUUUUUGUUUAAAUCGUCGGAGAGACCGUGUCCGGCGUGGUUCUUGCACUUAAUUUGCGAUGAAUCUGUGUCCGUGUGGAAGGCGGCAGCAGGGCAGGCCUCGGAUUGGCGAGCCCUCUCGGGAGGGCGACAGCUGUGCCCGGCUCCACGUGUGGGCUCGUUUAUGCUUCCCUCGCAAAUUUCAACGUUUUGUGCCUUGACCCCCCCCCCUCCCUAGCCACUUCUUGAUGGAGGAGUUGUAAAUCUUUAUAAUGAGCCCAAUGUCCCUUUCACGACCCCACUGUGAACUCUCAAAAGUGAGAACGAACCGGAAGCCAACGAGGUAUUGGGGAGGACGAUAUUGCCGAGUGAAGUGUCGGUAGAAGGAGUUCGAGUUAGGAUCGUAGCUAAAGUUACAAGCCGAUUGGUCUGGAACUCUUUUCCCCCACCCAGCCUCCAUACACGACCGCUUCCUUCUCGCCGUUGAUGUUCACGGCACCGCGUGUUCGCGGGACACCCUCCACGCCCAUUCCGGCAUGGCGAGUCGGGCGAUCUGGAAAUGAAGGAACGCUCUGCCUGAGGCUCGCGGGGCCGGGUUUGCGGCCACCACUGCCGUUGCCACCAUUGCACGCGGGCAUUUUUUACUUUAUUUGUCUUUGGCAGAGAUGUAUUCGUAGUCUUGAAUCUGCCAACUAAAUUCUGGUCGAUGUUAUUGCCACCAAUUCGGGGGGGGGCCCUGUUUACCAAAAUCAGAGCCGCCAUUGCGAGAAUAAGGUUCCUAGGUAGUCGUUGAAACGUUUGACUGGUGAGGUCUGCCGUUGCCUCUGUCCACCCAGGAGUGAAGCCGUACAACCCGCGGUUGCCAGCUGGUGGUGGAGUAAAGUGGGUAACUCCCACGUCUUCCAAACCCAGUCUGGAACAGGACAUUUCUAAAUUUGGUAGAGGGGGAGGUGUCUCCACGCACGCACGCACACAGCAGUGUGUUGGGGCGGGCUUCCCCUCCACUCCUUCGAGGCCAUGAUAUGUUAAACACUGCCGGGAGGGGAAGUAGGGCGUGCACAGACUUGUGUGUAGACCCUCCCUCGACAAUUGACGGUGGAGUUGAGACAACUGCCAGUCGCUAGGCACGAUGGGGGGCGUCUUCGCUGUGCGGUGUGGACGCAGGCACACAGGAGGGCGGAAUAUGGGCCGCCCCCAAAUCCCAGGCCCCCUCUCCCAGCAAUCCCGUGUGUUACGCGCAACCCGAGGGCGUGGCUGCCAGGCCCUGCUGUACCCAUUCACACUCGCAAACUGAUUUUACCGUCGUGCGACAGUUUCGUGCGCAUCAGCCCUUAACGGGGAAAACAUAUUCACGCCGGGGCGUUUGUGAAUGUACGUGUAUAAAGUCGGGUGUAAAAAAAAUAAGAAAAAAUGAAAAAAGGUAAAAAUGUAAAAAAAAGCUCCCUGAAGUUUAUGUUUCCCUUCAGGCUAUUUUUUUAUGGUGUUAGUUUUGUAUGUUGUCAUCGCUUGCGCUUAUCAAGGGGGGUGGGGGUGAAGCUCGCGGAGGGCGGUGGUGGCGGCGCCCAUGGUGGUGGCCGCCACCACCACGGGCGCCGUCGCUCCGCUGUUGGCCCACAUCGAGGGCCGCGGCAAGACUGACGGCUCCUUCGCGUCCGGAGCGGUCUCCGCGAGACCGCCGCGAGACCGCCGCGAAAUCGCGGGGGGCCUGGCCCUUACCCCCCUCUCCUCGUCGGACGCCGCUCACUGGAGGGGGGGGCGGGUGGUGGGAGCGCCCCUCAGUGGAGGCGCGCCGGCGGAGAGAGACGGGGUAACGGUUGGUAGGCGGGUACGUUUUAUUUUGUUUAAACAUCUGUAGCACUAAAACAGAAAGCGCAUCCCAGUUAUUAUUGACUGGUCCCCGCAGGGCUGAGGGGCCGAAUUCUCUGGAGGCCGUGACUCUUUGCGUGUCUUGGAGGGCGGGGGCUCUGCGUCAGCUCUGGGGGGGCCCAGGUUGCAGCUGCAGAAGAGAGUGGGGGGUGGGGGGCGCUGGCAAGGCAGAAUUUGGCUUGCGGAUCGGACAACAUUUACGUGAGGCUGUCCAAGUGGGUGGGCACAGACGCAUCGAUCCGGGUAUUACAAUUCAUUAUGCUCAUGAUGCAUACGUUGCAUCGUGUGUCAUCAACUUUAAAAAAAAUUAAAUGAUAAGCUGCUGUGACAAUUGGGAUGAUGGAAAUAAACAAAACAAGUGGGACUGGAAACGGGAAACCACACAAGUCGGUGAAAACACGGCCGCAGUUUGAUGGCUUAUGACCCCGCAAUUUCGAUUUGUGGAAUCUUGGGGGGUGGAUCAAUUGCUGCCAACCAAACGGCCUUGUCGAGUCCAUCGCCAAGUGUGGCCAAGACCGGGCUGAGCCGAACACUCAACCUUGUGGCUCGGCUUGGGCAAGGUUGAGCAAUGGCCCAAUAGUCAAAAGGACCAGCAACAAACAGCACUGUCAUUUGGGCCAAAGAGGAAGUAGCCAAGCAUUGCCAAUUUGACUUCGUGAACAGAAACCUCCGCUGCAGCUGCAUCCAGUCAGCAGUUCUUGGGUUGUGUCUGCCCUUGGGCUAUCUGUAAUAAGCUUGUGUUUGUGUUGCACAGUUUCCGAAGGCAAAAAUGUGAAUGAGUCCAGUCCAUGUUGGGCAGGCGGCGCCGACGCAUGGCGGCGAGUGGGAGAGUCCUCGACCCUCUCCACGGCUCACGGUGGCUUCCAGAUCUCAUCGUCCCUCAAGCCCGGUCGGCACUCCGGGUGGGCGGGCGGGCGAGUGGGCAGGGCGAUCACUCCAGAGUUAACGUCCAGCGCUCGUGGUUGGGAAGCGUUUGUAGAAAUUGUCGGUGGGAAAAAACCGUUAAAGUUUGGAUGGCGUGGGUGCAGUGCAACAGGAUCCGGCUGUCGGGUGAAACUUUAUCAACGCCUACAUCUCUACCUCCUCCCCACUAAAUUGACCCGCAAUUUUGCUUGUAAGUUCGAGGCGUCAUCGUGACCAGAGCCACUGACGCCACCACACCUCGCUGUACCAACAGCGCUCUCCUCGCUGUCAGAUCCCGCGGCUGUACAACAUCUACAGUCGCUAACAGUAACAGCCCAUGCUCUGUGGUACGGUUAGUGCCAUGAUUCUUAACACAAAGAAAACUUGCUCUCAGUGACAUGUAAUCGUCAUUGAUAAACUGAUUGUAAUGGACAUGAAUUCGAGGGGUGUGGGGGGGUGUAACGUUUCCACCACUCGUGCAAAGUCCGCAGUGAGUGGUCGGUCUUCCUGUGGCGCUUUCGCAGAAUUUCACCUCGGCUCCACGCCAGCGCUGAGUUUGCAGCGGGCUCCCCGCACUGUUCGCCCCGGACUCCCAGCACGGGUGGCGUGCAUGGCCCCACGUGUGUGAGCGUGCGUGCCCAUCCGUGCAUGGCGGUGGACGGGAGGUGCGGGGAGCGGUGCUCUUUGUUCGGGUCAAGCGCUGUUACACAAACAGCGACACGGUGACGGUGACAUGGCUACAAUUGGAAAUGACCAAACCUGCUGUCCAUCCAGCUCCCGACAAUAGCGCUUACCCUCAACCCUACCUCUGGCCCUGAGCGCAGCCCACGUUGUGUUCACUGUUGGUGUUGACGGCACAGCCGCCGUGUUUAACUUCUGAGUUUUCCCUUGGAGGGUGGGGGGGUGGAUUGACGUGAACCGUGGUUAUUGUCGUCGUGGUGGUGGUGUGCUCGUGGAGGAGGGAGGAGGCGAGGCGCGAUGCCGAUAACGACGCUUCUGUCCGUGCGAUGAUGACCGCGUCGAGACCCUGACCAAACCGAAGCGAACCCUCCCGGCUCUGUGCCGGAGUGAGAAACUCAAAUAAACGCGUUGAAGUAAAACCGGAAGCAUCCGCUGCUUGUUCAUGCCAACAACGCGUGCGCUCAGUCUCUCGGUGACCGUCGAGUUGAACCUGGUGGGAAACCUCUGC